AUGCCGUUCUUUGCGAACACGCCCGAAUCUCGACUGGGCCGAUCCGACUCGAAGAAUGUCUCGACAACAUGCAGAGGCGUUACCUUGAGCGGCCUGCCGUGCCGUCGCCCGAUAGCUACAACAACCAAAAGCGUUGUAAACUCAAGUGAGGAGAGCUUGUACUGCUGGCAGCACAAGGACCAGGCCACUUCCUCCCCAAACUCGACUCCGGGUCCAACCAAGUCCCACACGCCGAUACUGGAACACCGAACGAGCGUCGACACACUUAUCGAGCGGCUAGGGAUCGUCCGCACCAAGUCGGAGAAACCACAGCAUGGACACGCAGGCAGAAAACAGCAGCACCGGCCGACCAAGAUGGCACGCCCUAAACCGAAGAAGGAGGCCGUCUUUUGCUGCUGCUUCCGUGUCCCUGUCGACGAGAUCCCUCCACCACCGCGCCCAAGACCGCAGCCGGUUCAACCGGUUCAGCCGCCCACCGUGUCCACGCCUCCCCUGUCCAGCGGGAAGAAACAGUCGAGCCAGUACCUGACUCCUUCACCAUCCCCGUCACGUCCGCGGCCAAGCCCCUCAGGCCAGUCUCUAGGACGCUCGUCGCGCCGCGGCUCCGAAAUCUCGCAAACUGCUCAGUUCAUGUCGCUGAUUCCGGCGGAUGCCUCCGCCCAGACAGCUUCACAGCUCCUUGCGGAGCUGGCAAAACCGAUCUCAGUCGGAGAGGAGGCCGGGUACAUUUACAUAUUUUGGCUCACGCCCGAGUCGGAACCCGCGAGGCCGCCAGCUGAGGCGGCCCGCUCGCUCCUAGCGCCGCCGUCCACGCCCCCGCGCAACGGACGGCGGCCGAGCGACGUACUGAGAUCGUUCGCUAGGGAAGUAGACGACGGGGACGACGGAGGUGGCGAUGACGCCGCCGGCACUAAGAAAAAGAUUCUCCUCAAGAUCGGUCGGGCCACCAACGUGCAGCGCAGGCUGAACGAGUGGCAGCGCCAGUGCGGAUAUAAUCUGUCCCUGAUCAGGUACUAUCCGUACAUUCCGUCGAGCAGCCCAGCUGCGGUGCCCCGCAAGAUACCGCACAGCCACAAGGUGGAGCGGCUGGUGCAUAUUGAGCUCACCGGCCGCGGCAUGCGGGUGGCCGAUCGGGAGAAGUGCGAGACCUGUGGCAAGGAGCAUCGGGAGUGGUUCGAGGUGCCGGCGACGAGGGCAGCAGUGGCAGAGGUGGAUGAAACCGUGAGGCGGUGGUCGGAUUGGGAUGAGGCUCAGGGGUGA